UAUUAGCACGACUUCACUAAACAUGCAGACUAAUGUGGGCGGGAUGGGUGGCCCUGGCAUGGUAGGGCACGGGAUGGCAGGUCAGGGUUUGACUGGACAAGGGAUGGCUAGCCCCAUGAUGGGGCAAGGCAUGCCCGGAUCUCCCCUGGCUGGACAGAACAGCGGCCCAGCAGCGUACGGGACCGUUACAUGUUUCAUAUGCGGAAAGACGGGGCAUUACUCUCACAAUUGCUCGCAAGCGGCGAGUAAGCAGCGGCCGGAAGAAGAUCAGGAGAUGAAGGAGCUUUUGCGUAGGAUAGUGAAGAGGGAGAAGGAAGAGGAGGAGAAAAAGCAGCGAGAGAUCGAGGAGGCAAGGAGGAAAGAGGAGGAAGAAAGGAGAGAAGGAGAGAAGUUACGAGACGAAGAAGCAAGGAAGGCGCGACUAGAAGCGACGAUAGUGAAGAUUUUAACACAACGGAAGUUGGCGAUACAGAUACCAACGGUUAAGCAGCCAUCGGCAGAUUCAAGAAAGCGGUCUCCACGGACCAAGGCGCGCAUGAUCCAAGAGAUCAGGAACUACAUCACAGCGUCCGACGACGAAAGUGACGAAGUACGAGACGAGACCGAGAAGCUGGUUGAGACAUUGGAGAAGCGGAAGAGGAAGAAUAAGAACAAAUCACCAAUCGUAAGUAAGACUACGAGUCAGACGGUGAGGAAGAAGACAUUGCAGCGGAGGGGGAAAGCACAAGUGACGGAUGAGGACGGUAACGACGAAGGUUUCUUGACUCCUAAGAAGGUGGGCCCUGCGGGAGGCUCAAGUGAGGAAUUGAUUGAGUAUGCACUCUCUCAGACACGCGCGCUGAGUGCCAUGAAAGCGACAGAGCUUCGCAGGAUCUGGGAUCAGGAGGGAGUUAAGUAUAUAGUGUUGCCAUUAGUGACGAGUGUGGACGACGGGCUAGUAGUUGAAAGAUCUAUGAUUCACAGGUUCUCGCCUGUUCUUAACACGAUUGGGUGUGUGAGGACACGACCGAAGAAUCGACGGAAGGGGAGACUGAGAGGGAGGAAAGAUGAUAGGGACGGUGGAAUAGUCUUUUUCCGGUAUGAGGCGAAAUCGUAUGCAUCGCUGACAGAUCUCUUAGAUAGUAUCAAUGGGAAGCAAGAAGUGAGAUUGACCUCAGAAGCGGGAAGGGUUUGGGUCGGCUCAUGGAAGAAGUUGCGGGAGAAAUACGAACAGACCUAUAUCCUCAUUGGGCAGACUCGGAAGAAGUUGUCGGAGGCUAAGAGGGAUAUUGAAGCAGGCUGUGUGUUUAGGAUAGUCAAUCUGGUYUCAACCCCGACCAGCACGCAGCGGAACAAGCGCUUUCUUCGAGAUACUCUGAUGCAACCCUGGCGGGUCCGCACCAUGUACAAGCUAUCGAGUAGGAAGCUCGUAGCCUUAUACARGACGGCGGGCUUGUUCUCGAGCAGCACUACACGAAACGGUUUGAAGAACCGGAUCUCGCGUGUAUUGAAGCAGAAGUUUGGAGUCGAGGUGAGAAGGAGAUUGUACGUGAAGAUUCCGUACUCGGUCCAGGUGAAUCAGAGUGUUGUUAGGGACCUCAUGACGAAGGUGAUUACUAUAUUCGUACCUGAUGAAGCCAUUCGCACUCUCGUGAUAGAGAGGAUGAGGAUGGUUAAGACGAAGGGCAGGACGGUUGCCAACAUCAUCCACAACUACAAAAAGAAGCUGCAGAAUGGCGAGGAGGGAUGUACGUGUUCGAGGUUGUCGCCACAAAGGUUUCAGGGACACGUGCGGACGAGACUGGACGAGGUGCGAGGUGUACAUCGGUUGGUUCUCAAUUCAAGGAAUGUUACUUGCGGUAGGGCCGUAAACACAUUGGAACUCCUAGAGGCCAUCAUCAAAGUGAUACCGAAGACAUGGAGGAACAAUUUGCCACAACUGUCUGACGCAGAUGUCCGGAGAUGUGUCUAUGAGCAGAUGGCAUUGCCAUCUGCGCUGACCGAGCAGGAGGUCGCCCUCAACGUGCGCGCCAUACGCUCUCUAGUCCUGGUGCCGUUGGAUAGGAAUCCUGGCGCGACUCUGGUAAUAUGUCCAGUGCUGUACUUCCAUGGCUUCCGCAUGACGUUCAGUUGGAAUCCCGGCUUCGUAAGUAAGGCACAGAAUGAAGAGUGGGUAUUAGCAGGGUCGAAGGCUGCGUACAAAGAAGCCAGACUCCCGCAAGUAGCCACGUGGCGGACGUGUGGAAGACUGGGAAGGGCCUAUGUAAAUCCGAAGGAUAAGGAUUACGGAAGAUGGCGUCCGAUCUCACCGUCGUGGUCGGAACCAUCCAGGACAGUGAGCUCUAGAUUGGGUAGAGCCCUGAGGUAUAUGCUUGGGUGCCUGCCGGAGAAUCAACACUUUAGCCUACAUGCUACGGACCGCUUGAAGGCAGUCAUGACUAAGAAGGUUGCAGCUGUGGCGGAGUUUGGGGAUACGGUCGUAGGAAGGAGCUAUGACAUAAAAGAUAUGUUUGCUAAGCUCCCCCAUGACGAUAUCAUCACGUCGGUAACCUGGUUGAUUCAAAUGCAUGAGAGGAGGGGACUGGCGGGGGUGAAGCUCAACAGGAGGGGAAAGAACUGCAGUAUGACCACGACCACCUGUAGGGAAGAUGGUUAUCUUUUUCUGUCGUUUCAAAUGAUCUUCAGCAUGUUGAGAUUCAAGCUUGAUCAUACCUUCACAAUUUGUGAAGGGAAGGGGACGCGGCGGCAGGAGCGGCGGGGACGUCAGGGUGCAGCGGCAUCGAGGGGACGCUACAUCCACGGUGCGGCACGGUCAGAUCCUGGUGGGGGGGCGAUGCCGGGGGGUGCAGGGAGCAGCGGUGGGGGGGGGUCUGGGGGUGCCCAAUUGAACCCGCUGUCCGAGAAGGAGAUGGCGAAGUUGAGGCGAGGGAACAUUGUUUGGAACUUCGUCACCGCAGGCGAGUACGUCGGGGACCAGUCCAAGAUGCACUGUGACCGAAAGUUGCGUUGCAACUUAUGCGGCCACCUGUUUCAGGGGGGGUCGUCGAAGGCCGCGCGUCAUUUCACGCAGUCGAAGUUCUGCAAGGCUGGGGGGAUGAGAGUUCUCGCGGAACUCUGGAACGGCACAGACUACAGAUUUGUGCCGUCCACUGCUCAGCGGGUGCAGAGGUGGAUGGCAGACAAGGGCAUACGUGACACGAGAGCGCCCGCGGGUGGCAAGAGACAGCGGAUGGACGACGCAGAGAGGGACGACAUUCAGGACGCCCUCGAUGAGGAAGAGGGUUGCGAGGGUGGGGCCAGGGAGGGGGCGGUUGCAGACGAGGCAGACGAGGCAGUUGGAGAGCCUAACCUGCCAGGGAAGGAGGUGGUGAUGACGUCGAGAGGCGUCGGUCGAGCGGGUCCUGCUACUAGGGCGCCGCGAGCUGAGGUGGAGCGCGCGAGGAGGGAGAAGAGGACAGUGGGGCAGGUUGGCGUCGAGGUGCCAGACACAGGCAGGGAGAAGAGGGCUCAGCAGACCACGAUUGAGGAGAUGUACGCCAGGGAGAAGUUGGCCGAGUUCACAGACGCGUGGCUUCAGUGGAUCUACGUGAAGAAGUUGCCAUUCAAUGCCUUCCGUGGUCCGAAGUUCCAGAGGGUGCGGCAGGCAACAGAGAGAGUGCCUCACUCUAUCCAGUUUCGGUUUCCCUCCUACAGGGUUACAGCGGGCGCCGGUAUCCCUUCGCAGAGGGCGAAGGUGGCGACGAUGGUAAGCGAGGUGCGCGCCACUUUCCGGCACAGCGGUGCCACUAUCCUUUCUGACAGGAGGAAGUCGCGGAGCGGCAAGCCGCUCGUGAACUUCCUCACCGGGGGCGCCAAUGACGCCCUGCUGUACGCCACCAUCGCACGUGACGGGUCGGUCCGAGACACAGCGGACGUCGUGUACCGUAGGUGGCGGGCCAUCAUCUUGUCCUUUCCUCCAAAGGACGUGAUCGGCUUCUGCACAGACUCCGCCAGUAACUAUACGGCGGCAGCGCGCAGGUUCGCCACAGACCCCGAGCCUGACAUCAGGAGGAUCUUUUGGCUCCCUUGCUCCACCCAUGUCUGCAACUUGAUGUUGUCAGAUAUCGCGACACGAGUGGUGUGGGUCAAGGAGACCAUCAUCCACGCUCGAGCGCUUGUGCGAUUUAUUAUAUCGCACGGCGCUGCUCACACCCUGUUUAGGAAGGUGAGCCCUCGCGUUCAGCUCGUCGAGCCCGUUGAGACACAGUUUGCAUCGGUUUUCCUGAUGUUGACGUGUCUCAAAGGCCGACGAGACGCGUUGGAGAGCAUGUUGCACGGGGAUGCUUGGGCACGCAUCCCUUGGGAUCGCGACCACGUAUCUCAUGCGCAGUGGGUGCAGAAGCAGAUCCGGGACGGGGAGUUUUGGCAGCGUGUCCAUUACGCCAUCCUAGUCAUGUCGCCCGUCCACCAGCUGUUGCGCAGGAUGGAUAGAGGUGGGAUGAUGAUGUCCGUCGUUUACGAGUGGAGUCGGCAUCUGCUGCAGUUGAUGAGCAGGGUCGACGUGCCGACGGACAUGAUCGAACCGUGCGUGCGUGAGGUUGCCAUCCGCAACCUUCACAUGCUAGAGCCCGCACAUGCAGCGGCCCACUUCCUCAACCCUCAUCGACGGUCCCUCACGUAUUACCAUUCACUGGAGACGACCACCGACGACCGCCGUGUGGUCGAGGAGUGCGACAGAUUUCUCCUGGUGCAGACCGACGGCGAUCCGGUCGGCUUAUUGUAUAGGAGCGUGAGGGACCAGAUGAGGGCGUUCCACUCGAUGCGAGGGGAUUGGGAAGAUCCGGAGAGGAACUGGGCGGAGCACGAGCGCSUCMGCACGGCGAGGCGCUGCAAGCUUGGGUUCGCCAAGCUUGCACARCUKGUUSAGAUUGCCACCAAUCUCAAACUGGCCUCGUGCGCACGGCAGGGUGGUGRCUACAUGUUGCCAUGGGUWAUGGGGACCGGUCGGGGGGGGACGGCGGCAAAKGAGGARGAURAGGAGGGARAUGUGGAGCCCGAGGUGUGGGGAGCGCGACCUGAUGGCAGUGUUCUCGAGCAGGAGAUCCAGCGGCAGAUUGUCGCUUUCCRUGASAGCCGACCGUCCAGAGCCCGUUCGGUUCGGGACGUGUUCGGCAGYAGAGCGAYGGAGCUGCGACCGUGGCCGGAGGKUGGGGAUGAUGUGGAYGCUGCUGCGGCARACGACGACAUCGACGACGACUGGACUGAMGRUGAUGACACKCCACUGAGUCGCGACCCGACGGCUGAAGCCGGCGGUGGUCGUGGAGGACGUUCGCAUGCGGAGGUUYGCGUGGACGACUCGGGGGAGCAGCAACCAYGGGGAGGUCUUCGGCAGACAGGCAGGCGUUGGGAGGUUAGGAGCGACAGUGAGGCCGAGGUGGAGGCYGAGGAUGAGGAGGUGCCCCUUCGUGAUCRUCGCUUCUCUCCCUCCYAUCAUCCGAUCUCURCACAGCCCGAGGCACUUAGGCRUUCGGAGAGGUUGGCRUCGGCARCAGGCAGAGACCGGACACAUGACGGCGAGGAUYGUGGGGGGGAGAGGACUCCUUCCGACKCCGGUAUCCGCCCCCGCUCACCGUCGRUGCUCCGCACACAGGACUUCGAGGACAUAGGGCUUGGUGGGAGCUUGGGAGAUUUCAGUGUCGAAGGAYGUCGACGUGCCUCACCGCAGGAUGUGCGCACAGACGCRGACAUUGAGCGGGGCCCUGUUGAGACUGAGRAGGAGAGGGAUGCCCAUUURGACCGAGAGGAGGAGGAGCGGYUGAGGAGUUUGCCACAGUGGGAGGGUCGGUUCGCGUAUCUUGACGAGCAGCSUCGGCAGAGSGACUUGGAGARAGGAGGGGAGGGGAGCCGUGAUGUCGACGACUCGGGUGUCCCUGAGGAGGCGGUUCAGGGGGGGYUCGAUUAUGAGGGGCAGGAUGCCGCYGCGGGUGUCCCUGAGGGGCAGGAURUUGUCAUGGGCGGUGGGUCCCCUAGUGGGGGYCAUGGCGACWGCRASACYGCGGGUGAUGAGGAACAGGGUGYCGCAGUGCCCGGCAGAGGAGAGGGUGGACCCRGUGGASAUGGGGAUACCRCRGGUGUCGGUGGAGACGAUGGACCRRACGGCGACGAUGACGACGACCACGGUCCCAAGGAUGAUCCGUAUAGGCUCGCCUUGGUGUUGAGGGACCCCACAGUGCCUCCCUUGCGCCCUGACGACACAGCGCAUACUUUCUUCGACGCCAACGCUUUGGCGCAUGCGUUGACGGAUGACCCUUUCACACACGUGAGCCGCAAAAGCGGCAAGCAGCGGGCCCCUGGGAGGGUAUAUUCACCGCCGCCGUUUACAGUGCAGAGCCCUCACUGGUCGGGUUCGUCGCUUAUCGGCGUUAGAGGGAGGGAGUCCGAUGCGGGUGAGGUGGGGUUCGGCAGACGCAGCGACGGCGGCAGAGAUAGUGCAGGAUCGAUGCCUCCACCGCCCGCACGGACUCCGGAGGCCAGGGUCGACACCGGGGACCGGACGGUGGCACCCGGAGUUGCGCACAGUGGCGGUUCCCCACCGCCAGUCCGAGGAGGUGUGGGUGGAGGAUGGUCAGUUGUUCGUCGAAUCGGGGACCGGUUGCGGGCGGAAUACGACGCCGGGAGGGGCGUCUUCACGGGACGUACGCCUGUUCAGACGCAGGCUGCGGAGGGUGGGUCUUGACGUCCCAGCCUGCAGAUGGCAGGCCGCAUGCUUGGUUUGUAACGAGCAGAGACGAGGAGAUCAUUGGUCCUCGAGGCCGCAGGGACAUCCGCGGACAGGCUGCGGGGAGAGCAGUUCACAUCGGGCGAGGAGGGGUUGUUGAUGCGUCCCAGGACGAGACGACAGCAUGGCCUCUCGGAGGUUGAGGCUCGACUCAUUGCAGGGAUCGCCGCUGGGCAGGCAGCAUUGGACGCG